UGCAACUACUUUAAAUUUUCUGCUUACGUUACUCUUGCAGCAAAUAAGUGUACCUUGCACUUGGCAGUAUUAUACAGCUGAUUUUAAAAUGAGUAAAACUGUCGCCUUAGUAGCAGUUGUAUUUUGUGUUUUAUUUCUAGAAUUUGCUGAUCAAGAACUUAUUGUUUCAGUUCCAUAUCACUGGCAUGAGAUAAGCAUUUUAGCUACCGAACAGGAUUUCGAAAUAAGAAAUCAUCUUCAAAAAGAUUUCGUUAGUGUCGUAAAUACCUCUGUAAUAGAGGAAAUUGCUGAAGAAGAACUGAUAUUCCUUUAUUUUAAGAUGCACGAUUAUGACAAAAACAACAAGCUUGAUGGUUGUGAGCUGGUUAAAUCUUUUCUUCAUUGGCAUGAAGAAGAUGAUGACGAUACUGCUUACGAAGAUGAUGAAACCUACGUCUUAAAACAAGAACAUAUCUACAGUGAUAAUGAGCUUGCUGAUCUGAUAGACCUUAGAUUGGAGAACGAUGAUAAAAAUAAUGAUGGUUUUCUUGAUUAUGAAGAAUUCACAUCUUCUCAAAACGUGCACGAAAAAUGGAAGAAACUGAGUAGGUCUGUUGCAAACAUUUUAUGAAAAAUAAUUUAUUUUUAUUUGCAUGACUGCACAAUUUUUGGAAAUGUGUAACUAUACGUUUGUCAUUGUUAAAUUUUAUAAGUGUUAAUUGUUUUAUUGACCGUAGCUUAUUGGCUAUUCUUAAUAAAAUUUUAAAACUUUCAUAUGAACAAAAAUUUUGCUCUGUGUUAGAACUAAGGUAUUUGUUAACACGAAAUUAGUUCUGGGACGUUAGUAUGGUAUUAGUAUGUAAUAUUUAUAUGAAAAAAUUCUGUUUGCAGAUUUAAAAGAGAAAAACCUUAAUAUUUGUUAAAGUUUGAAUGAAUUUAAGAUUUAAUGGAAUUUUAUCUACUAGAAAGUGAGAUCUUAUUGUAACUUAUCUGUGCAUUUCAAGGUCUUUGUAAUAAAACUGUUUUUAGCUAUAAUGCUGACUAUAUAAUUUAAAUUUUUUGUCGAGCGUUUUAAACAUACUAAUUUUUUCAUGGGUAAUAAAAUCAAAGGAUUUGAUGCUUGCUUACAUUUCUAAAG